CUUAAUUUGCGUUCUUAAAAAAAAUCUACAUAUAUAAAGCAUUAAACCUUACCAUCCAAUUCCUUCCCUUCAUUAAUACCAGAAUCUUAGCGAUAGUCAGCGGUAGCCAUGGCCGGAGCAUCGCCUCCACCAUCACCGAUGCCAUUUCUUCUGUACGAGAAUGAAACAUCUGAAUAUUGCAUCGUUUUACCUCCCAAGGUGAAUUCCGCUGGUAUAUGGGAAAAUGAGACUUCCCCGUCGGUGAUUUUCAGUUACUCGUUGCCGCUUUUGGAGUUGCAGGUUGUCUUGACAUUCGUCAUCACUCAUGUAAUUUAUACCAUCUUAAGGCCUCUUGGCAUCACCUUAUUUGCCUCACAAAUGUUUGCCGGCAUUACCAUGAGCCCCAUGGUGAAACUAGAAUCAGUCAGGAGCAUAUUCUUCAAUGAGGAGUUAAGUAUAGAAGUCAUCGACACUGUAGCGGUGUUCGGUUUCACAUUAUUUUUGUUCCUAACGGGAGUGAAAAUGGACAUGAAAUUAGCAUUAAGGACAACAAAGAGAUCCGUAGGGAUCGGCGUCGUAUCCCUUUUAUCUUCCAUCUUGGUCGGUGCAGCUAUUAAUGAAACCUUCAAACAACCUAAUGAAACCGAACAAGUAAAAACCGAACGUCUAAUCGGAACAGUGAUCGAAGCGUUAACAUCGUUUUCCGUCAUCGCUUGCCUACUAGCCGAGCUCAAGAUCUUAAAUACCGAACUCGGACGACUUGCCCUAACAUCCGCUGCCGUAGGCGACUUGAGCACCAUGUUUUUAGUCCACGUAAUGUCGUUGUCACGAAAUUUUACCGCAUCACCAUUGUUGGUUAUAGAACGAGUGGUGAUCAUGUUUUGUUUCAUAACACUCAUUAUCUUCGUGUUUCGUCCAUUGAUGCAUUGGGUAAUUAAAAGAACACCCGAUGGGGGACCGGUCGCGGACGUGUACAUCACAGCCACCAUGAUGGUUGCAUUCGGGUGUGCUGUAUUUACACAUUGGACCGAUCGAUCUCCUUUAAUCGGUGCUUUUCUCUUCGGCCUAGCUGUCCCUGACGGUCCACCGCUAGGGUCGGCAUUGAUAGACAAGUUCGAAUGCUUUAUCAAUGCCUUCUUUCUUUCCAUCUACGUGAUAGCAUCGACACUGAGGGCUAAUUUUGGGAAUAUGUUGUCAGAUCCAUCCACUGUCAAAUUUUUUACCUUUGCUUUCUCCAUGACAUUCCUUGCAAAACUAAUUCCAUGUUGCAUAGGUUCAUUUUUGAACUUUAUGCCUUUUAGGGACUCCUUGGCUUUUGGUCUCAUUAUGAGCAGUAAAGGAAUUGUCCAGUUGUCGCAUUAUUCUACUUUUAGAGAUAAUAAGGUUUUAUCAGAAACAGUUUUUACCGCCAUGGUCAUCGCCAUUUUGGUAAAUGCAACUAUAAUCCCAAUCCUGGUGAGGUUCCUUUAUGACCCAGAUUCAAGAAAAUAUGCAGCAUAUGAGCAACGGAACCUAAUGCACUUAAAACCCGAUGCUGAGCUACGGAUUCUUGCAUGUGUUCACACAUCCUAUAAUGUCCCAGCUAUGAUCAAUUUGCUUGAUCUCACUUGCCCUACGAGAGAGAGUCCCAAUGUUGUUUAUGUCAUUCACUUGAUCGCGCUAAUGGCUCGUAAUUCACCGGUGUUUAUAGCUCACCACAAUCACGAAUUCAGCACCACCUCCACCAGGUCCUUCGAGAACAUCAUUCCGUUCUAUCAGUACGAGGGGAACAGGUGGGGUUUGGUCACGGUUAACGCUUUCACGGUGAUUACACCGCGGAAGCUCAUGCAUGAAGAUAUUUGCACGAUGGCUCUCGACAAGCAAACGUCUUUAAUAAUUCUUCCGUUCCAUAGGAAAUGGUCGAUGGAUGGAUCCCUUGAAGAAGAAAAUAACGUGGUAAGGAACUUGAAUUGCACCGUCUUGGACCAAGCACCGUGCUCAGUCGGGAUCCUAAUCGAUCGUGGCAGGAGGCAGAAACCAAUGAAGCCGUCAUCUCCAUCGUCUUACUCAAUCGGGAUGCUUUUCUUGGGCGGAAAAGACGAUAGGGAGGCUUUAACGCUGGCGAAAAGGAUGGCUCAAGACCCUCGGGUGAAGCUAACCGUGACCCGUCUCAUUGCGUAUCAAGAUUGCAGUAACGUUGUAGACUGGGACACGGUAUUGGAUACCGAGAUGUUGAAAGAUGUUAAGCAAAAUAAUGGAGUACUUGGUAAUUGGUGUGACAUAACGUAUGUAGAAGAAAUGAUGCAUUGCGGAUCGCAGACCAUAAAGCUCGUUAGGUCAAUCGCCAACGAUUAUGAUUUAAUAAUCGUCGGUAGACACUACGGGGUAGAGUCAGUACUAUUGGCGGGUUUAUCGGAAUGGAGUGAAUUCCCUGAGCUAGGGAUUGUCGGAGACCUUUUUGCAUCUACUGAUUUAAAUAGCAAGGUAUCUGUAUUAGUUGUACAACAACAAAUUGUAAAAAUGUAAUAGACAUUGAUUAUCUCGAAUUAACAUUAUUAUUAAUAUAAAAAACGUGGGUUUGAGCGUGUUAA